AUGACAUCUUGACUCAAGCAUUAGGGACACCAGAACACCCAGGUCGUGUUCGAGCUGGCGGGUUCACUGCGACCGUUUCCAAAAUGUUUGGAAAAAAACAUAAAACAAUGACUGCAAGAGAGGAGAUUGCUCGACUAAAAGCUGAGAUUGAAGAGCUAAAAAGACAUAAAUUUAGCACAGAAGAGGAAUUAGCUCAAAAUGAAGAAUAUAAUGAGGAAAACGAUGAGUGUGGAUACAACGAUGAAGGGCAAUUUGAUGAGGGACAAUAUUAUGAGAAUACAAGUGAUGAAGUCUAUCGACCUGCCCCCAACGCAGAUGAUCAUUUUCAUCAAACCGAAGACUAUCCUUUUGAUGAAGAUGAUGGAUCAUCAAUUUAUGAGUCUCCGCCACCACCGACCUAUGAAGUUUAUUUGUGUACUCAUUGUACCAAACAUGGGUAG